AUGAAAAAGAAUCAGAAAGGUGCUCACUAUGCCUUUGUUCGCUUUGAUUGUGUAGCCACUGCUGCUGAAGUUCUGUAUCACAGUGAACACAAAAUAGCAUCCUUCGUUUUUAAUGAUCGUCCAUUAUAUUUAAGGCGUUGUAUUUCAUUCACUCAAAAACACACGAAUACUUCACUGGACAUAUCAAAGGCGGAUAAUUCAAAAUCAAAUGUGACUUUAAAAAUAACCGACAUUCACUAUGGUACAUUAAUAGCAGGAACAUCUCUGAAAAAUAUACAAACAGUGGAGAAUACGGCUUCAAAUACUGACCGAUUUGGUAUCAUCGCACAUACUCUUGAAAUCAAUAAAUGCAAAGAUUUUCAUCUAGAAGUCAUUAAAGAUAAGAAAAGCAUAGCAAUAACCAGUGCAUUGGAGUUAAAGUGGGGACCUGAUUCUAUUAACUCUACUAUACUCAAGUUUGAAUGGAGUUUUCAUGAUUUGAAACGUAGAAAGAUAACAUUAGUUUUAAUCAAUGAAAAUGAAGUCUUUUUACUGAUGGAAAUUAAGCAACCUCCAAUACUAUUGGAAACAAAAGACACUGGUUCUUCAAUCUCUGAAAGUCAUGAGGAAAAGCGUCUACCUGGCUUUGGACUUAUUGGUCAUGCUAAUGUGUGGCUCUUUAAACUAGCUUCAAAUGAUGGGGAUAAUAAUAUUAGAAAGUUAAUCCAGCUAUUAAGUGACAACAAUUUAUUAUCAGGAAAUUUAUCUGAAUCUGACAUCAUUUGUUCGAUUCAAAAUAUUGAGUCUGCCAAGAAGAAUCUUGAACCCAUCACAUUAAUAUCAAAUGACAAGUGGAUAAGAGAAAAUCAAGCUAAAGUAGAUAAUUUCUUUAAUCAUCGAUGGCCACUGUAUCCUUUUGAAACAAAAUUCGAAAUCAUGAAACUUAUCUCGAAACAUAUCGUCACAGUUCAUGAUUUAAUUGUUGAUGAACGAGCUGAACAUAUUCUACAGUUAUAUUCAAUUAAUACAUUAGUUGCUCUUACCGAUAAGAUUUUCGAGUUUGCUCUGCUAUGGUGUGCUAAAACUUGUGAUAAGGAAGACGAUGAUUGGAAUAAUCAAAAUGAAUCUGAAGAAAAUCAAUUGCCAAACAUGGACGAUCUUCCGAUCACUGAUGACGAUUUUUUCAUUUCUAAAAAUAUUCGAUUUGCCGCUACUGGAGGUUUCAUCAAUGCUGAAAUAGCAUCAAAGAUGACAACCAUGGAAUCAUUAGGAUUGGAAAAGUAUCCUGGUGGAAGAUUGAGCCGUCUGUUUAAUUUAGCUUUUGAAAAAUUACUCAAAAACUAUGAACUUUGUAGAACAGCAAGCGGCAUUGUUUUAACUAGACUUGAAUUACGUACAGCGAAAAAUGACUCAUUUUUGACACGUAAGAUAUAUAUAACACCGUCAACCAUUCUUUAUGAAGGUCCUUAUUGUGAAGAAAAAUGUGCUGUUACGCGUGAAUAUGUUCAGUAUCAAGAUCGAUUUCUUCGUGUAACUUUUCGUGAUGAAGACUAUCGUGUAUUACAUAAUUACAACGAUAAUAUGGCGAAGAUGUACGAACGCAUUAAAAAAAUCUUGAAAAAUGGAAUUAAUGUGUGUGAUCGAAACUAUCAAUUUUUAGCUUUUUCAAGUUCACAAUUACGUGAACAUUCUUGCUGGAUGUUUGCUUCACCAGACGAUCGUACCACAGUUGAUAUUAUUCGUGAAUGGAUGGGUGACUUUCGAAAUGUUCAUCCUAUAGCCAAGUUAGCUGCUCGUUUAGGACAAUCAUUUUCAACCAGUAUUAAAGGUAUCCAAUUAGAAAGUCAUCAAAUAAAGGAAAUAUCAGAUGAGAGAAGAUCCACAACAGAAAUAAACGGUAUUCAUGAAUAUUGUUUCACAGAUGGUAUUGGCAUUAUUUCUCUUACAUUGGCCAAAAGAUUAGCUAGAACCAUGAAAUUACCUGAAACAGUUUGUCCAUGUGCAUUCCAAAUUCGUUGCGGUGGCUAUAAAGGUAUGGUUUGCUUGGAUGUCGCUGGUAAGAUUAACAAUCCAAAUAUAGAUGUUUACUUUCGCGAAUCUAUGAAUAAAUUCGCUGCAAAAACACUUUCUAUUGAUGUUAUACGUACAUCAUUGCAUCCAACAGUUGCAUAUCUGAAUAGACAAAUAAUUUUACUUUUGUCAUCUCUUGGUAUUGGUGAUCAGAUUUUUCUUUCAUUACAAAGCGAUAUGCUAAAAAUGUUAAAAGCAUUAGAAGGUAAUUUUCUUGAGGCAUGCGAAACAUUAAAAAAAUUGAGUAACUUUGAUGAAAAUGGUUAUCAUGGAUUUUUAAUUGCAUAUUUAAAACAUUUACGUGAACAACGAGAUCCAUUUGUUCGACAGCUUAUUCGUGUUAUUCGAACUUCUCUUGUUAAAGAAUUACGAACAAAAGCAAAAAUUUUUGUACCGAAUUCAUGGUCUUUAUUGGGUGUGGUAGAUGAAAGUCGAACACUCAACUAUGGUGAAGUUUUUAUUCAAAUCGAUUCUAGUAAUGAACAAAGAGAUGAAUCAACAGGAAAAAUUUUUCGAGGCCCUGUAGUAGUAACAAGAAAUCCAUGUUUUCAUCCAGGUGAUAUUCGAAAACUGACAGCAGUCGAUGUACCUGCUUUACACAGUUUAAAAAACGUUAUUGUUUUUCCUAUGAAUGGACCGCGUGCUCAUCCUGCAGAAAUGUCUGGCGGUGAUCUUGAUGGGGAUACAUUCUGGAUAAGCCGCCAUCCAGAUUUAAUAUUCAAAGAAAACGAAGAUCCAUUUGAUUAUCAAGAUCAAGAUCAUGAAGCUAAUAAAAUGCAAACAACCAAUGAUGUCCAACAUACGAUUGAAGAUGUUUGUAAUUUUUUUGGUGAAUAUAUUGCAGCUGACAAUCUUGGUCUUAUUGCCAAUAGUCAUCUAGCUCUUUCAGAUCAAUUAGAAGACGGCGUCCGAAACAAAAACUGCCUUCAAUUAGCUAAAAUGCAUAGCGUGGCUGUAGAUUUUGCCAAAAAAGGAAUCAAUGCACCUCAUCUUACAAAAGAACUUCGUCCUUCACAGUAUCCACAUUUUAUGGAAAAAAACGACAAGCCAACAUAUCAUUCAAAAUCUAUUCUCGGUCAACUCCAUGAUAAAAUUCCGUUUUAUGAUAGCGAGAUACAUAUUGAUGAAGAAGAAGAAAUCAGAGCAACAUCAUCAUUUCCCUAUAAAUCAUUUUUUAUUGCUGGUGAUAAAAACUAUAUAAAAGAUGCUCGAAUUAUAAAAGGUGAAUAUAACCGAGACAUAUUAAGAAUCAUGCGGCAAUAUGGUAUUCAAAAUGAAGCUGAAAUUGUAUCAGGUUGUCUUCUUAAAUUUACUUCAAAACAAUAUGUAAAAGAAACCAAAAUUUUCGAUUUAAGAAAUGAAAUUACACAUGCAUACAAAGUCAUACGAGAUAAAUAUUUGACUCUCUUCUGGAAAGAAUUCUAUCAAGUAACAGAUGAAUCAGAUGAGGAAAAAGUUUCAUGGUCUGAAAUAUCGAAAAAACUAUCUUGGAAAAAUCAAGUUGACAUAUAUGAAUAUUAUAACCAAAUGACACUAUCGGAUGCAGUCAAACAAAAAGCAUCAGCAUGGUUUCAUACUACUUAUGAGUCAUGGAUCAAACGUAUAGAAACAUAUCGAAAGAUCAAAAACAAGAAACAAAACAAAUCUAUGGAUAAUCAACGAACAAAACAAUUUACACGAUUCAAUGAAUUAUUUAGUUUUGCUUGCAGUCAAAACAUGUUGCCAUCUACGUUUGAAACACUACCUGAUGAAAUUCUAAUGAUUAUUAUACGAUAUUCUGAUGAUAUUUAUACAAUAUUUCGAACAUUUUCUGGCGUAAAUCAACGUAUAAAUAAUAUUCUUGUCGAUAAACGUAUGCAUUUACUCACUGAUUUUCUCUGUAUGGAUAUCACGGAUGUAAAUAUUGAUUAUUAUUAUAAAUCAGAAGUAUUUCAUGACAUAUCUCAACAAUUAUUAUCUUUGACAAUAACAGAAAACGAUCAACAACUUCGUCAAUGUCUUCAAUCAUUAAUUGUUUUUCAUAUCAAAUAUAAAUAUAAACAAUCAGCUGAUCAGUUAAAAUCAAAUAUAAAACAAUUUCAAUGUUUACGUAUGCAACUUACUGAUGAUGAUGCUAACAAUUUCGAUAUGGAAUUAGCGAAAAUAUUCAAGGAUUUAAAAAAAUGCUCAAAAUUUAUGAAUAAUAUCAAACGAAUUGAAUCAUUAGUUGUCAUCAAAGGUGCUAAACUUACAUGUCCUAACAAUGAAUAUCUUGACUUUAAUUUUGCUGAAGCCGUAAACAUUUUAUUACUAGACAACAUUGUCACUGUUUCACCUAUAUCUCAACGAUUUAUUAAUUCCAUCAUUCAAAUGUUUAAAGUACUCGUGAUUUCGAAUUUGAAUCUUCUACAUAAUCGAGCUUAUGUUGUCAAUGGUGGUUGUGUAAUCUAUUUCUUUCUAUUCUAUUUAAUCUAUCGAUGUCAUGCUUGGAAUUGUAAAACAUCAUGUACCUCUUUUAAUAUUCAAUAUUAUAAAGCUACAGUAGAUUUACUUCUUUUUACUUUAUAA